CUGCUCUCUUCUCCUUGAUUGUGCUCUUGCUCUUGUUUAUUGCUACUGAAUCUCGGCGCGGUUUUUGUGUUGCCGGCCGCCGCCGCGGCGCGCAUUACUGUUUCCCAAAGUUUCCAGGUUCUAACCUGCUUCUUUUAGGACGAUAAAGAUAAAGAUGGGGGUUUUCUUUUAUGGGAUCUAUGGCGUGAGGCAUACGAUAGAUUCCGAUGCUUUUGUUGCUGACGGCUCGUCUUGAGUGCCGUUGCUGUGUUUCUGUUGUUUCCUUUUCCGAGGGGAUUUAAUCAGAGCUUCGUCUGUUUGCUGCUGUGUCCGACCUACCUUCCCUGCUUCAGUCUAUAUGCAAUGCCCAUCCCAAAAACCUCGCUUUUCAGCAAUUCGUUCGUUCUUGACCAGAAGAUUCCACCAUUAUCAAAUCGUUACAUUUGCUCGGCGUUUUACGAGUCGCAGGAAAAGUUUUCCUCUUUUUCUGAAUUCUGAUGCAGUUUCAGUUGUUUCGAAAUUCAGAAUUGUAGCUGAAGGUUCAGAAGCUAGUACUACCGGCCAGUACUCUUUACUUUCCAUGGCUGAUGCAAAGGAUGACGAGGUCAUGACCGAGGCACAGAUUGCUCAGCCCCUGGGACGGUGGCCGAUACUGUCCUACGGCGUCGGCCACAUGCUGAAUGACAUCACGUCAGCUUGCUGGUUCACGUACCUGCUGCUCUUCUUGCAACAAAUCGGGCUUGCUCCAAGGGAUGCGGCUAUUGUGAUGCUCUCAGGUCAGGUCGCGGAUGGGCUGAUGACGGUUCUGGCAGGCGAGAUGAUCGACAGAUUUGGCCGUUUCAAGCUGUGGCACAUUGGAGGAUCAGUCCUGGUUGGAAUUUCCUUCUCUUCAGUCUUCGGUGGCUGUCUGCUCUGCACCAUUCUGGGGACAGAUUCAUACCUUCUGAGGACCGUCGGCUACAGCUUCUUCGCAGCGGUGUUCAACAUCGGUUGGGCGGCCACACAAGUUUCCCACAUGUCAAUGGUGAACUGCAUGACACUGAAUCCGACAAGCCGUGUAGCCUUAGCAAGCUGCAGAAAUGCAUUCACUAUGGUGGCAAAUCUUGGUUUAUACGCGAUUGCGUUAGCUGUCUUUGGUGCAGUAAAGGCGAAAGUAUGCUCAGACAUUGUUCUUCAGUACCGGUGGAUAGCAUACGUGUCCAUUUUCAUAGGAUGCUGCUUCCUGGUUGUCUUUCAUGCUGGAACAAAGGAACCAAACUUGAAGUCGGAAUCUAACUGUAAGAAGAAGGCUCGGAUUUCCUGGGGUUACUGGUUCAAGAAGACCUUGUACUACCAAGUCGCUCUCCUGUAUAUGCUUGCAAGACUGAUCACAAACGUGUCUCAGUCGCUCAUCGCGUUCUAUGUCACCAGGGAUCUGAGAAUGAACGAAUACUCGAAGGCAAUAAUACCAGCGAUCAUAUUCUGCUGCAGCUUCUUCGUGUCCAUUGUCCUGCAGGAGAUCAAGUGGAACAGCCGUCGCCUAAAGUCCCUCCUCACCAUCGGCGCGACGCUCUGGGUCAUCUCCGGCGUUGCGGUCUUCGUCCUCCCGAGCCAGAUGAGCAACCUGAUGUACCCUCUCUCCAUGGUCAUCGGCGCUGCCAACGCCCUCGUGAUGGUCACCACGGUUGGACUGGAGAGCGCGUUGGUAGGGGAGGACCUGAACGGCUGCGCCUUCGUCUACGGCUCGCUUAGCUUCUUGGACAAGAUCUCCUGCGGAAUCGCUCUGUUCGCUCUUGAAUCGUACGAAGACACGAUUAGCUGCGGCGAGACGAGGGGACUAAGCACGGUGAGCAGGUAUGGGACGGGCCUGAUCCCCUCGUGCUUCGCCGUCCUCUCCCUGGUUGUCACCUCCACGCUGAGGCUGCAGGACGCUGCCCCGAGAGCCGCCGCCCUGGAAGCUCCGCUCCUUGUCUGAAUGCUUCUGUUGAGGAACUGGUGAUUUCUCUGUUCUCUGUGUAUUCCAGAUUGAAGAAAGAAGAAAUCUGCAUCCUUUCCAAUUAGGUUUGAAAAGGCACAACUAUGUUGUCGCUUCUUUUCAAUUAGAUUUGAAAAGGAGGCUUCUUUGUACACAUGUUACCAUGCACCAUCAGUCCAUCACAAUUCCAGUUUUUAGGUGAAAAAAGAUGUAAUCGUUUGUGCAAAGCUUGUCUACACAUCAUCAGAUUAUUGUACAAUGUAGGAACGACACCAUC